GCUUGGGAUGGAGCCAGCGGCUCAUCCAGAGGCUGCAGGAGGGGCAGCUCCUGCCUCUGCGUGCACUCCUGGGGGAGGCAUGGGGGGCAUGUGCCCCCCAUAUCUGUGCACAGGGAGAAGACAGGCUGCGCACUUGGGGCCAAGGCUGCUCCUCUUCCUGGCAGCUGCGCUCAGGGCAGGUGGGGCAAGGCAGGCGGCAAAGGUGCUGGGAGGGGGGGGCUAUGGUAAAUUUUGGGGUGGCUCUUGCCCCCCCAUAGUCGUCUCAUUCCCGCGCCGCCGUUGCCUGCCCCACUUCACCCAGCCCUAGCACAGCCGCUGGGAAGAGGCUGGAGUAGCCCCAGCUCUGAGCACACAGCGAGCAAUCCACCCCCACCCCACGCACAGAUCCAAGGGGGCACAUGCCCCCAUUAUUCCCCCAGGGGUGCGCGCAGCGGUGGGAGUUGCCCCACCCUUCCCCACCCCCUGGAUGAGCCUCCAGCUCCAUCCUGUGCCUUGCCUCAGCCCAGCUGGGUAGCACCUGUCACUACCCCAGCCCUAUUCCCUCCUUCACUGCUGGGGCCUCAAACUAUGCCCCCCCCCCAUACCCCUUCCCUCCCUCACGCCCCUUCCCCCAACAGACUUAGCAGCUGAAUGCUGCUCUCCAAGCUGCCGGGCUGCAUGUCAACAAUUGGAUUGGUAUCCAGCAAUCUGGCUGGUCAAUAAUCAGCUAUAAGUAUCACCCCAAAAAAUCUUUAUUGGUUAUGUGGCCCUAAGAUCUGGUUAUGUAGGGUCUAACUGGAGAUGGUGUGGGCCCCAAUCCUGCAGAUCAGAGCCCUGAGAGGUGGCUCAGGGCCUGAUCCAGUCUGAGGGCUGCCCCUGAGCCACUCAUUUGGCCAAUGCCAGCAAAAAGUUAAGCACUACUGCCUUAAAGCAAAGCCCAACCUCAAAAAGUCCUGUGGGAAUUUUAAUACCAGUUGAGCAGAAAUAAUUUCAGGAGUAGCAUCCAAAAAGUUGCACGAUACAUGUAGGCAGGAGUUUUCUUAUUUCUUGGUCUCCUGUGUUCCCCUCUUUAUUUUUUACAUCUUUUUUUUUCUUUUGAGAUCAAAGCCUGCUCUUUUACCCUUUUUUGACCGAUCUGUUUUUGGUAGGUUUUGCUUCUGACAUUCUAUUCUUUCUAUUGCUCUUGAUCUGCCUUAUCCCAUGUAUGUAGAGUGUUUUAUAAUCAAGUUAGGUUCCAUAAAAGAACAAUACAAAAAAGGCCUAGUUCAUAUUUUCCUGCCAUUAUUUAUAGAUAUGUGUCAAUUGUGUAACUUUCUUCUAAACAGAUAUUUGAAAUUGUUUCUGAUAAAUAUUAAGCAGUUGCGUAACUGAGAAACUUCACAAAAACAGUUCUAUGCCAACAUCCAGUGGAGAAGAGGAGGGGUUGCACUUGCCAAGUCAUGUGUCCCUAGCAGCAGGAAGCUAUUCUGAAUUAAGAACAUUAUUUUUAAAAGUUGUGAGGGAUGGAUGGUUGGAUGGUGGCCACUUUCUGGAGCAUGUCUAUCUGGCUGAAAAACAGACAGCAUUCCUAAUUGUGGGCUAGAAUGGUACUGCAGUCUCUGGGAGACAUGACAACUUUCUUAGUUAAUGAAUCAGAUGCAUUCGCAAAGCUUUUUGGUCUUACUCUGCAAUGCUGUCUCUGGUUAAUGUAUAGUAUUGCUGCACUACACAAAUUCAGUCUUGUAAAACCAAUUGUCUGGCUACAUUGGCUAUACGAUCAAAUAUGAACAUUGUCCCUCAUUGUUUUGGUCUGUGGUUCAAAUUCUUCUUUGCUGACUGUGAAGAUGGGACCGACUUAAUCACCUCUGUGUGUGCGUGUGUGUACACGCUUGCAGACUAGUGAGUUCUUAUUGUAUGCUCCUAUCGUUGUAGAGCCAAUACAGCAGUGAGAUUAGAGCUGGAUUCCAUUAGUUAACGUGUGCAUCACCAGAAUUGCUCAGCAUGUUCCAGUAUCAGGGACUCCUUAUGACUGGUGAUGGGUGAGCCUGAAAGAACACAGCUUGACUUGUACAUCCCAGGGUCCCUUUUUUGAUCUCCUUCCAAAGACGAGGCCCUAGUUUGCCAGGAACCUGUAUUAACUGUUCAGGCUGGACUGAGGAUGGAAGGUGUUGAAUUUAAGGAAGAGUGGCAAGAUGAAGAUUUUCCCAGGCCCUUGCCCGAGGAUGACCAUGUUGAAGCAGAUACGUCAGAUGCAACUGGAAGAGAGGAACAACCUGAGGUUAAUGGAAACAAAGUUAAAAAGAAACUAAUGGCUCCAGAUAUUAGUCUAACAUUGGAUCACAGUGAAGAAUCAGUUUUGUCGGAUGACUUGGAUGAGAGUGGGGAGAUUGAUUUGGAUGACCUGGAUACUCCAUCUGAGAACAGUAAUGAGUUUGAAUGGGAAGAUGAUCUUCCAAAACCAAAAACUACUGAAGUAAUUAGGAGAGGAUCACUUUCUGAAUAUACUGCAGCAGAAGAGAGAGAAGAUGGGCGACGCUGGCGUAUGUUUAGAAUUGGAGAACAGGACCAUCGGGUGGACAUGAAGGCAAUUGAACCCUAUAAAAAAGUUAUCAGUCAUGGAGGUUAUUAUGGUGAUGGGUUAAAUGCCAUUGUUGUGUUCGCUGUCUGCUUUAUGCCUGAAAGCAGUCAGCCAGACUACAGAUAUCUAAUGGACAAUCUGUUUAAGUAUGUUAUUGGCACUUUAGAAUUAUUAGUAGCAGAGAACUAUAUGAUAGUUUACUUAAAUGGUGCUACAACGCGGAGAAAAAUGCCAAGCUUAGGCUGGCUCAGGAAAUGUUACCAGCAAAUUGACAGAAGGUUAAGGAAAAACCUGAAAUCACUAAUAAUAGUUCAUCCUUCCUGGUUUAUCAGAACACUUCUGGCCAUCACAAAACCUUUCAUUAGCUCAAAAUUCAGCCAAAAAAUUAGGUAUGUCUUUACCCUGGCAGAGCUAGCUGAACUCAUCCCCAUGGAAUACGUUGUCAUACCAGAAUGCAUAAAACAGUAUGAAGAAGAAAAAUUUAGAAAGAAACACAAAAGAGUUGACCAAGCGCUCAAUGGGAAACAAGAACAGAAAAGUGAACAGUGAGUUUGGAGUCCAAACAUGACUGAAGAAUGUGCAGAUGGAAUGAUGCUUUUUUUGCAUUUUACAAUGCAUUCAGUAGCCUUUAUUAUAUAACCUGUUACAAAAGGUGCCUUGAUUUCUCUGGACUAGUAAACAGAGGACUGUUCACUGCUGUAUUGGUUUAAUUCUUGACUUUAAUAGCUAUCUUUUUAUAUGUAAUCAUUUUAUAUUGCUAAAUGUCAAAAACCUAGAUGUUGAUAAAAGGCAUUCUUGCAAUUGUUUAUCUAAAUGAUGCAUGUUCUUCAGUAAAAUAUUUAUAUACCUAAAUGUUAAACGAAAGAGAUAAUAUAUAUUUUUAUGACUUUUUGAGCAAUAUUUUGUUUGCCUGCAGAAAUGUGUUUGCAGGUAGACUAGGCCAUGAAUGACUGCUGUCAUUAUUUUGUAAAGUGCAUGAUGACUUUUUUUGCUGUAAAUGGUUAAACACAUUUCUUGGGUGUUGUGAGCCUAAUGUUUUGAGAUGUUAAUGUUCACAUGGUGCACUUUGUCACACUUGUGUGAUGAUGCUUGUUUUUGUUCACACACCUAAUACAAAUAGAACUAAUUUUCACUGCCAGAAUGAACUUGAGCUUUGGCUUCUUUAUUUUGUUUUUCUUCAAAAUGCAAAACUGUAGGUCUUUUGAUUUUGUCCAUGCUUUGUUUGGUGUUUUAAGUCCCUCUAUCUCAACUGAGCAAUUCAGAUGACUAGUUGCACACUGAACCUUUCACUCUAGGGUCACUAAUUUUAAUUUUACUUAGAUGUUUAGUAAAUGGUAACCGAAGAAACAACAGCUUUUAAUAUGAAAUGAACUUGUCCAGUUUCUUUUGAGCUGUCAGCUGGCAUUAAUAUAAACUUUUCAUUCUUGACGAAGAAAAAAAUUGCCUGGGCACAAAGACUGAAAUUACCUUUAGCCAGAUGAACAGUCUGUUCAGGUGUGAUUGAGGUACCCUGGAAAAGUAUAGAGAAUCUUGCACUGUAUACCUCCAUGCUUUGUAGAAAAAUCUUCCAUUUCCAGUGCUAUCUGGCACUUUUCAACAGCACUAAAUUCACUUUAACAAAGUAAUAUCUUUUUUUUCUUUUUCUCUCUCCUUAAUGGUUGUCAAAUUUUCACUUGAUGUUCUUGGGCACAUAAGCCAAAGUUUGUUCUGGUAACUAAAUACAUGCUCCACUUUUCUGAUCUGUCUAAUACAAUAUGUAGGAACUCUUAAAUCUAUUUGGUAAUCAUGCCCUACUGCCUGCAAGAACUGGUGCAAGUGAAUCUGUUCAGGAGCUAAAUGUUUAGCUGACAUUAAAGCAAACUUAUUUAAUAUGUUCA